UAUAGCAACCCCAAAAAUCAUGCACCACCUUCUACUCUUUGCGAUCCUGGUUCUGCUUCUAGUGUUAGCAUCAAGAGUUGCAUAUUCAACAAUUUGGGUCCCAUGGAACAUUGCACGUCACUUUCGUAAGCAAGGCAUAAGGGGACCCUCGUACCGUCUGAUCAAAGGGAACACGGAGGAGAUCCACGGCAUGUAUGCGGAAGUUCAAUCGAAGCCAAUGGCGUUGUGCCACGACACCCUGGAGCGCGUGUGUCCAUUCUACCACAGGUGGUCGCGCAUGUAUGGGAAAACUGUUCUGUACUGGCACGGGUCGAAGCCGAAAGUGGUACUAUCCGACCCGGAUAUGAUUAAGGAGAUACUUGUGAAAACGGGUGACGGGUUUGAGAGGCCGGAUCCGAAUCCGUCGACGAAACAGUUUUUUGGAGAAGGAAUAUUGGUGAUUAAAGGAGAACAAUGGGGUGUGCAUAGAGCAAUUGCUAACCAGGCUUUUAAAAUGGAGCGGGUCAAGUCUUGGAUUCCACGAAUUGUAGAUAGCACAAAAACAAUGUUAUACAAGUGGGAAGAUGAGAACAAAGGCAUUGAUGAAUUUGAAAUUGAAGUGAGUAAAGAUCUCCAUGAUCUUACAUCUGAUAUUAUAUCCAAAGUCGCUUUUGGUAGUAACUAUGAAGAAGGGAAAGAGAUUUUUGAGUUACUAGAACAGCAUUAUCAUCUGGUCACCCUUUCCAUCAGAAGUGUUUAUUUUCCUGGGUUCAGGUUUCUACCUACUAAGAAGAACAAAGAAAGAAAGAGACUAGAGAAGAAAACCAGUGAAUUAAUUCGAGGGUUGAUUGAGGAUAGUCAUAAAUCAGAACAAAAUUCAGAAAAUUUGCUUUCUUUGUUGAUGUCUUCUCACAAAUUUAUCAACAAUGAGACUCAUAAGUUAAGAUUGGACGAGAUAGUGGAUGAUUGUAAAAACUUUUAUAUGGCAGGAAAGGAAACAAGUGCAACUUCAUUAAGUUGGGCACUCCUCCUUUUAGGGAUAAAUCAAGAAUGGCAAAGCAAGGCACGUGAGGAGGUACUUGGAGUUUUAGGACCUAAUGCUCUCCCAACAUCAGAAACAUUAAGUGAACUAAAACUUAUGAACCUGAUACUUCAAGAAACACUUCGACUCUACCCUAAUCCUGGGGCAUUGGUAAGGCAAGCAAGUAAAAGAGUUCAGCUAGGGAACAUUGAUAUUCCUGCUGGUACACAACUGUAUUUAUCUAUCACAUCCACUCAUCGUGAUACUGAGUUAUGGGGAGAAGAUGCUCUUGAAUUCAAUCCUAUGAGAUUUGUUGAGCCUCGAAAAAAUUUAGCUCCAUAUUUUCCCUUUGGAUUAGGUCCUAACUACUGUGUGGGUCAAAAUUUAGCUUUGGUUGAAAUGAAAGUUGUACUAGCCAUGGUGCUACAGAGGUAUUCUUUUGUUGUAUCACCGACAUAUGUGCAUGGGCCAAUGCUGUUGAUGAGUGUGAUACCUCAAUAUGGCAUGCAAAUUAUCUUUAGAAGAUUAUGAAAAUGAUUUGUUGUUUUUAGGCUUUUAAUAAUUUGUGUCAUUUUAUUUUAUAUAUAAAUUGUGUCCAAUGGUAACUUGACAUUUUUGUGUUGACUCCUGUGUAUGAUUUAAUGCAAUU